UUAGCUUCCACGCGCCAAAGCAAACGAAUGUUUUUGGAGAAAAUGUUACGUUAAGUUCAGUGGAAAUGUUGAUAAAAUGAAAUGACCUACACCGCAGUGAAGAGAUCCUUUGUCGCGUAUGCUCGUGCUAAGAACACGCGCACGAACUAAGUCCGUUCGAAUGAUUUCAUCUCAUAGCAUCGCUUUCUAAUCUAUUCUGUCAAUAAAAUUGAUGAUGAGCCUGAUCGCGCGAGCGGCAAGCAGUCGCAAUUGUGCGUAAAAAGGCCCAACCCGGAAAGCGAAGUGAUAUUUGUGGAAAACCGCUCCUUGACCCGCGAUCUGCAACAUUCACUGAGCGCUUAACUUGAGUGAGAAGCAAACCGGGUACUGAACUAACCCGCCAUUCGGAUUGCACUUUCGUGAAAUGUACUGUGAGAGUGACUUAGUGUAACAGUUCGGUUAGUGCCCUAGGAAAACCAUAGUGAGUCGUGCUCUCGUGUUUCCCUGAAACCGUGUUCCCGGUUCGUCCUAUCCAUCACCAAAGUGAACCUCUGGUGGAACUACGCGUGAACAUGGCGAACGAGGCGGCCGAAGGCAUGGUUCAGGGUGAUACUGUAGCCCGAUCGAAGAUCGAGAUCGAAGUAGAAAGCCAUGUGCUCGGUGCAAAGGUUAAGCUUUCCGAUGGUACCGAGGGGAAUGUGUUUACCAGGACGUCACGCAACAAGGAUCUACAGUUUGUCUACAGUUGCCACAUCUGUGGCGUCCCUACGCUGUGUGGUGAGCGGAUGCUUCAGAUUCAUAUUGCCGGUCGCAGACAUCAAGCCCGGUUGAGUGUGUCGUCGCUUGACGCCGAACAAUAUCGUGCUUCUUUGGUGAUGAAACCUAAACAAAAUCAAGCCUCAUCAGCAGGUGAUGGUAUGGGCGCUUCAGGUGCGAGUGACUCACAGGGCAUGGAUGUGAAACCGGAAGCGCAGCUGCAGAGUGUUCUGGAUGGCUACCGUGCCGGCCCUCUCGUUGGUUUAGAGUACAUCGUCGAGCUAAAGCACCAGGGACCGGGCGAAGCAGUUUCGUACAACUGCCUGCUGUGCGAUACACGCGGCAACAACGAAAGUGGCAUCACUACGCACUUGAUCAUGCCGGAACAUCGGCUCAAGUUUCUGGAGAGACACUAUGCGACAGUCAUGAAGGUGAUCGCUCCGUACCGUUCCGCACCGGGUGCCGAUGCUAAGGAUAGCGUGUUCUGUCGCGUUGUGCAGACGAUUUGCGAGGCGAUCGAAGACCAUCACGGACGCAUGGUCCCGUCGGUGUACGAUGCGGAUGAUUUCGGGCGCAACCGAGCAAAGUACAUACAGGGCGUCAAGUUUGGGAAGCAUUGCGAUGAGCAGACCGGUCCCAAGUUUGUCGAAUUGAUCGACAAGAAGGUGCUGCAAGAUUUGAAGGCUACUACCGCAGGCGGUGCUGGCGGCGGUGGUGGUGGUGGUGGUCAGCGUAAGUACCGCAAUCGCAACGAGCGCCGCGGUAGUCUCGAUUCCAUCUCUAGCCUAAGCAGUGCUAACUCGGUCAUGAGCAUUUCAUCGAGCGGCGAUGAUGAUGACGAAAGCCGGCUACGCAAGAAGAGCCCAUUGAACCGGGGGACUUCACAGCGUGUGCAGUCAAAGCUUCCACCAUCGAUCCCCACUCCGAAGGAGCUAUCACAACAGGCGGCACAUAUUGCUCACGAGCGGUACAAGUGGGAAAAGUUUCGCUGUACGGUCGAACUCAUGAAGGCACCGUUGUUGCAGCUGCUGAAGGAGUACGAGAAGAAUCCCGAAAAGCAUCCACUGUACUCGGAAGAGUGGAAAAAGUUCUGGAACCGACGGUACAAGGAGCUGCAGGCCGAGAAGAAGGAUCCGUCGAAGCACAACUUCAAGCCGGAAUGGAUCGAGUACUGGACGAAGCGCAUGAAGGAGUUGCAUGACGAGGAGGUGGAACGAAAGAAGCUGGAAAUACGCACGAAGAUGAACUUGCCAGCGGAGGAAGAGGAACGAACCGAUGAGCUGCGGGAACAGUACACGCUGCGCGUUCCCCCCAACCGCCCCAAAGAACGUAAGGGCACGUUGGGAGGACAGUUGGGCUCGGACUCGGAGGGCGAGUACAAAGGUGGACAGCCGUUGGUCAACAGUCGAAGCAGAAAACGACCAAGCCCACCAAUGAAAAUCGAACGCUCGGCACACCCUUGGAGCAGCGAGUCCAGUAAGCGUCCAGCCCUUUCUCAUUCGCAUCGGUCACGCAGCCCGUACAGUGAGGACAUAGCUGCACACAGGCUAUCGCGUUUAGCUCCGCCGGGUGCCAAACGUCCCCCACCCGUCCAAACACCACCGGAGCGCGUCGACUACGAUGAGUGGGCCAAAAACUACUACGGACCGAACAAGAAGGUGUUUGUUCGGACAGAUUUUGAAGAUUCUUCGGCACCGCCCACCUUUAUCGCGGUCUGUCGGCUGCUGACCGCGUUCGAGGAGUAUCUCGGCAGCCUGGGACCGAAGGUGAUCGAUCUGCUAGCUAAGGGACUGGCACUGGAGAAGGUGAAGGCGAAUUCGGCCGACGAUCUGCUGCUGAACGAAGACAACAGUAUGUUCCUGGAGACGGUGAAGGAAAAACUGAAGGGUCACUUGAUGGCAGGUACGAUCGAUCCUCCCAAGAUCGCAUCGAUCAAACGGGCUGUUCAGAACAUUGCUAGCCUGCUGCACGAGGCGUCCAAGCGCGAACCGGCACCGAAACCGGCCGAAGAGGAAGUAUCGCGUGAUUCCUUGGCCAUAAGCGAAAUUAGCGGUGUGGCGACUCCUGCUGCCCCAAGUACUAGUGCGGGCGGUCCCGACAAGGUUACCAUUGCGGCUCAGUUGGCCAAGGCUCUGGUUGCUCAGGGUAAGACCGAUUUCUCGACUGAAGAGCUGGAGCAGCUGAUAAACGUUUACCAGGCGAUGGUGGAGAUGUCACGUGAGAGAAAAAUGAUUAUCACUACUAAAGUGUAUCUCGCGGCCUGUUCCAGUAGUGCUGGACUGUCGAAUGCUAGAACAGCAGCGGCAGUGAGUAAAGAAGUAGCAGCUAGCACGACCGGUAGUGGUACAGGACCGCUAUCGAGUAUGAUGUUUGAUCGCAAUCGUUCCGAUCCACCGAUGACGACGUACGCCAACCGUCGAUUGCAGGAAAUGGAUCGCAAAAUGACGCCCGAACCGAACAGUUUGUUCCGAUCGUCGGGAAUGCUAGAAAACCUGUCCGAUUCCGAUUUGCAGACGUUACUGCAAACGUUCAAGGAUCUUGCGACGGAUGAGCAGAUGCAUCUCAUCACGUACCUUCGAAAGUUGGAGCGAACGGAACCGGAACGUGUGGAGAAGCUGCGCCGUUAUGUCGAUUUCGAAACCAUCAAUGGUCCACGGGGUCGUGGUGGUGGUGGUGGUGGUGCUGGAGCUGGCAGACGAGGUGGACAGUUCGAUCCAGAUCUCUCCGAUGAUGACGAUGACGAUGAUCGGGACAGUUUGCGUGAUCGCGACGAUGAUGCUGUAGGGUAUGAUCCGUUCCGGGCGAAUAACGACCGAGGUCGAUCACCAGCGGUGAAUGCUCGCAAUGCUGCACGCAAGGAUCGUUCUCCGAAAGGCAUCCUCCAGCAGGGACAAUCAUCCGGCAAGCAGCAACAGCUACGGAACAACGAUCCGGCCGUCGGGGUGGAUCAGAGCAAGAAGAAGAUUCUCGUCGAUUCGGACGAUGAGGACGACUACAGUUAUGAUGACAUUUUGCGCGCGGCCUCGAAGAACGUUACAUCACAGCCGCCAGCCAAGGACGUGGAUGGGGAAUCCAAUUCGAAUCAUUCGCAGCGUGCGAAUGCUGCCGGUGCCGGUGCUGGUGCUGGUGGAGGAGGUAGCGUUAGCAAUAGUUCUAACACCGUACCAAUUCCUUCGCUCGCCGAUACGAGCAACCUAGUGGCGAAUUUGAUGGAAUCGUUGCAAAAGUCAUUUUCCGAUGCCAAGAACAACGCUGGAACCCAGGAUUACUCGAAUCCGAUCAUGACGAUCGGCUCGCUAGGUGGAGGCAAUGGGUUGGAUGGCGCCGGCCAUGGUGGUGAGGGAGGUGGAGGAGGAGGUGCAGUUGGUACCAUUCCUGCAAUGAACGCCUUCGGUUCGAACAUGAAUGGAGCUGGUGCCGGUCCCAGGGGUCCCUUCUUUCAGCGACAGCAGCAGCAAAUGCAUCCGCAGGGCCCAGUUCGUCCAAUGAUGCAGCAACAACAACCGAUGGGCGGUGCGUUCGGUCAGCAGGCGCAGAUGCAGCAAGCGUUCGGUGGUCAGCAGCAGUUCAUGUAUCCGGGUCAACAGUUCGGUGCCAACAUGAAUGGCCAGCAGCAGCAGCAGCAACAGCAGCAGGCUGCGCAGUAUGGUUACGGAAAUUACGGUGGAUAUUACUGAGAGGAAGCAAACCCUCCGGAAGGUCCGGAGGGCUAAGUUGUACAAUGUAACAUUUGAAAUAUCGAUAAAAACAUUAAGAAUUAUUAAAUAAAGCAUCUCAAAGCUUCGCCAUUUGAAUGGUAGUGAACAGUA